UCAUUUUUUAGUUUUUGACUUAUGGCGCUGGACGAGUGACAAUUACAAAUGUCAACUCUUUCCGGUCUAGUUCCCGGGGCUAGAAGCCGUAGUUUCGAUAUUUAUUAUUUUUAAUCACCUUUAAUCAUAAAAAAUGAGGAUUUAUAAAGACAUUAUUACCGGUGAUGAGAUGUUCUCGGACACAUACCGAAUAAAAUUAGUAGACGAAGUCAUUUACGAAGUGACCGGUAGAUUGGUGACGAGGGCACAAGGUGAUAUAAAAAUCGACGGAUUCAAUCCCUCAGCUGAGGAGGCGGAUGAAGGUACAGACUCCAGUUGCGAAAGCGGUGUUGAUAUCGUACUCAAUCAUAGGCUCUGUGAAACUUAUGCCUUUGGUGACAAAAAGUCGUACACAUUAUACCUUAAGGAUUACAUGAAAAAAUUAGUAGCUAAGUUAGAAGAAAACGCACCCGAUCAAGUUGAGGUGUUUAAAACAAACAUGAACAAAGUAAUGAAAGACAUACUAGGCAGAUUUAAGGAAUUACAGUUCUUCACUGGUGAAUCAAUGGACUGUGAUGGCAUGGUGGCUAUGAUGGAGUACAGGGAUAUUGAUGGAGUGUCCACUCCCAUCAUGAUGUUUUACAAGCAUGGCCUCGAGGAGGAGAAGUUUUAAAUCUACCGCUUAAGUGAUACUCAGGACAUAAUAACUUGUAACAAUGCCUAUUUUUUUAUUUAUUUAAAAUUAUCUCCAUCUAUCUGAGACUUUUGUUCCUCCCAUCGCAAGAUUCAAUUUACAAAAUUUUAUUGUAAUGAAUAUUAUUGUAUGAACAACAAAUUAUUAUAUGGUUUUAAUAUCUACUAUGUAAUCAAUAAAAUAAUGUGAUGGCCA